AGAAGUUGAGACGCUCUUAACGCAGACGCGCAGCGAGAUUUGCUGACAUUCAUCUGCUCGCCGCACCAGACUGGACUCAAACACUUCACCUGCGAGGAGAGAGGAAGAGAAGGUGUUCAGAUCUCUCACAGCCUGCUACAGAAGAGCGAUGGAUUCGCGGAGAAUCGCAGCGUUGCUCCUUGCUGCCUGCCUCAGCGCGUCAGCUUCAGACCAGUUCGACACGGAGUGUUAUACAGCAAAUGGAGAGGACUACAGAGGUCGACAGAACCAGACAAGCCUGGAAGGAGGAAGACCGUGCCUUUUCUGGAAUGAGACUUUCCAGCAUCCAUACAACACCAUCAAGUACCCCAAUGGAGAAGGAGGUCUUGGACCACACAACUUCUGCAGGAACCCAGAUGGAGAUGUUCGGCCAUGGUGUUAUAUCGCAGAUCUCGAGGACGGGAUCUACUGGAAAUACUGUGAUAUUCCCACCUGCCAAAUGUAUCUCGGCUCUCGACUAAAAGUGUUCCUGGCAGAGUCUGCAGGGUGUGGCACAGAAAAGAACCUUGCCGGUAUGGAAUCAGGCUAUGCUUGUUUCUGUGGCAACGACAUUGAUUAUCAUCGUCACGGUGACGCUCCGAGCACAGAGUGUAACCAUGUGUGUUUUGGAGAUCACACUCAGCCAUGUGGAGGCGAUGGACGCGUCAUAGUCUUCGACACAAAAGUAGGCGCUUGUGGGGGAAACUUCACAUCGCCCUCCGGAGUGAUCUACUCUCCUGAUUUCCCGGACAAAUACAAACCUGGCAGGGUCUGCUACUGGACCAUUCAGGUUCCAGGUGCUUCUGUCUUUCUGUUCAACUUUACUUUCUUCAAUAUCGUGGAUCAGACUGAUAUGGUGGAGCUGUUGGAUGGCUACUCCAAUCAGGUGUUGGCGCGAUUUGAUGGCCGCAAUCCACCGCGGGACAUCGUGAACAUCACUGCAGACUUCGUCAUUUUGUAUUUUUACUCAGACAGGACAAAUGAGGCGCAAGGAUUUUCUGUUCUUUAUCAUGCUUUAAGAAAUCAAGCCGUCACACCUCUGGAGGAGGAUGACGAUGGUGAUGAAGAGGACACCAGUACAGUGCAGCCGCAUACGGGAAGCACUACAGCAAAAUCAAAUACCAGUCAGAAUGGAAAAUCCUCCCUCCGGUACUAUGUAAUCACAUCAAGUCCUGCAAAGAUGCCAGGUCAGUGGCAUGAACCGGGCCGGACCGCGGGCCACAGAACCAUGUGGACCAUCUACGCAUUAGCUGCUCUGCUAACGCUAACAGUCAUAGCCAUGGUGGCUAAGCUGCUCCUGCAUCUUACUGUAAAAUCCCCGUCCAUCCCGUCAAUCAGCGGGUCGGAUUCGUGCGCGCAGAGCACCACGUCUGAACCCUGGAUCAUCUUCUACAGACCUUCCACCAUCUCUCUGUUUAAGAAGAAACUCAAGAACCACCAUGGAGACCUCAGCCCUCUUGUGGGAAACUAACCUCACCGCCUCUGACCUCUACGGCUGCUUUAGCCCCUAAAGGAUGCACACACUGUACACAAUGCUGGUUUUCUGCUGCUGGAUCCGAUUCAUGCCUAAUUCAGUUCAAACGACCAGCGCAGGGCCCAGCUUACACGUGCCGGUCACUUGUUGGUAAGAAACUGCGCAAAAAGAGCUCGACGCUAGCCGACGCGCGUACUCUCAAUUUGCAUCCUAACCAAUCACAAAUCAUGUGACAGGUGCAUAUAUGCACCAAGCGAUUUGAUUAACAAAAGAGCACUGGGAUGCUUCUGUUGCCACAGACCAAAACGAACAAGUGACCAUUGCUGUAAAAUGGAUAGUCGUUUCUCUAGGUGCUUUCACAGAAGCGAUCAGCCUGAGCGCACUGAAAAACAAAACCACUUACGUAACCAAAAUAACGCCACGGUACCCAACCAGCCCCUGUGGAGGAGAGAUACCAUUCAGUUUCGCUCGCUUUUUAACCUCUAAUGUAGGUCACCUGUUGUUG